AAAACGUGCCUAGGCAAGCACCUAAGUAAAUUAUAGCCAGUUUAUAUGUAUGUACAUACUAUUUCAUUUACAUAGCUUCUAGCACCUACCUGCGCUAAGGCCUGCGCAGUUGAGCGCCGUAAGCGGGGAAGACGGAAUCCUGGGAGGUUGAGUCAAUCGGAGGUCGGAGCAGUUACUUCCGGGCGACAACACGCCUCCUUUGGCCCUUAUUUCUGGCGAAACGGCAGCCCGAGCAGCUAGCCACUGCUAGGGAAAUGGUCCAGUGCUUUACCGUCACAGGAGCACGGCGAGGAGUGGGAAGGUCUCUUCGGAGAAGGUAGUCGGCCAUGCUGACGGGGUGAGGCACUGUGGAAAUUCUCUAGCCGCAGUGUUCGAGCUCCCGAUGUCGCGCAAAGACGCCACCUUUCUGCUCCUAGAUCCACUCGAGAAGAUCCUGGUGCCAUUGCGGCAUCCCCAUUUGCGGGCUCCGAGGAGGGUGGGACAUCGAUUGGACGACUUUUUCUUUUAUCUCAACAUGGACAUUGUCAAUGAUAUUGAGAAACUGCCUGAAGGAAGCAUCUUGGACGAUAAUGAACGCCAAGAACUCACAUCCGACGACGGAAAAUGUUUGGAUGUGGCUGAUCAGCCUACAGGGGCGGAUGACCUAGGUCUAACGCCCGAAAGGGACUCAAAGCCGAUGCCAAAAAAAAGGCUAACAGGAGCAGCGAGAAAACGCCUAAAACUGUUGUUAGCCGCUAAUAUCAAGGCAGAGGAAGCCUUACUACUCUGCCGAAAGCCAAUGCGAGAGCAGCCUCCAGAGGUGAGAUCCAUUAAGCGCCCACGGUUAGAGGAGGUGUCUCCAAAGGCGCACGCGCACAAAACGCCACAAAUGACGCAGCCGAAGUUCACUGGAAAAGGUACUCAGGCAACUUCAAAGUCACUAGUGCCUACUGUACCUCAGACACCUCUGGUUGCAUACGAGCCAAUUCCGAUACCAUGUGGCUCGUCAAGCUUGAUGGAAUUUGGACCAACAACAAGUGCCACUAGCAGCUCAGCCAUGCGAACUACGGUUACGGCCCACCAGUUGCGAACGCCUGCACCCAACCAGUGCGUAACGACUACAGGGAUGACCGUAAACGCAAAAGAGGAAACAGCAACCUUUAAAGACGCUCUUAAAUCGUUCCGAGUGGGGAUCCAACAUACGACCCCAAUGACGGACGAAAUGAUGAGCAUGGUGCGCUCCUCAGUUCUCUGUGAAGUUGCUAAAAUCACGGAGGCUGGAACGGGCCCCCGUUUUGUAGGUUGCAGCUUCAAGCCAGGCUGGCUGUUAAUCACCUGUCAGAAUGAGCCGACUAAAAAAUGGCUGGAAAGCAUAACGCCCACCUUAAAACCUUGGGCCGAGGCAGAACUUUCUGUGUUGCACGAGAAAUCGAUGCCCAAACUAGCCAUUGGAACGGCCUUCAUACCCAACUCGGAGACAAAUUCAGUCGAGGUGGCACUAAAAUUGCUAAAGUCCCAAAAUGACUGCCUAAACACUGACCAGUGGAAAAUUCUGAACCGCAAGGAAGUAGAGAACGGCACAAUCCUGACUGUAUCAAUGGACGAACUCUCGGUUGAUUUCAUUAAAGCCCAGGACUAUAAAGUCAACCUUGGCUUUAGAAAGGUCCAGUUUAGAAUCAAAGGUAACACCACGUCUGCACGACAGCCUACUUCAGAGGGUACUGGUAGUUCCACCAUGGAAAUGCCCACACCGCCUGAAGCGGCGAAGAGCGAGGAAUACAACUCCAAAUUCGCCAGAGACAGCUUUCCCCAAUCAAAGGGGACCUCGCAGACGUGGAUCCCCAGAUUCAAGACGGGACAACAAGUUCGCGGCAGGUACGCCUCAGUGCCCAAUCGCAACCCAAGGGGACGCCCACGUCCCACGGGUAUGGCGAAAGGGAACCGAUAAAGCGU